AUAAAAUUGAUUUUUUGAUAAUGACUUUAGAACAAUUUCUCGAAAACGACUUUGAGCAAGCCAUUGUUUCUAACUGGGGAGAUGUAGCUGAGGGUUUCAGGUGACAGGUUAAAUUCCGGAUUCGAGAGAAGUCUAUAACGAUACCGGGCACAAUGCCUCGGCUCAAUGCCGCUACUGGCACGAAGUGCCUACUAUCUCGUGGCUCGACACUGCUAAACUCAUGGCGACUAUCAAGCCAAUCUCGCAAUAUCUCUAGAGGCAUCUCCAUCUCACACCAUCCCCAAAGGCUGCUACCAACCACAACAGCCCUCAGCCUCCCCAAUCCAAGACACAUAAUCCCAGCUCCCUCGCACUCACCAUCACACCCGCCAAACCGGCAAACCCACACCAUCGACUCCCCAUCCUCCCCCUCCGUAGCAGCGCCCUACUCACCCCCCACAUCCGGCAUCCUCUCCCACCUGCCCAAAUCCUGGGUGCCCUACGGGGAGCUAAUCCGCAUCGACAAGCCGACGGGAACAUACUACCUGUUCUUCCCCUGCCUCUUCUCCACGCUCAUGGCCGCGCCCCUCGCCGUCCCAGCAGCACCCCCUCUCUCCGUCCUCGGCACCACGGCCCUCUUCUUCGCCGGCGCGCUGAUCAUGCGCGGCGCCGGGUGCUCCAUCAACGACCUCUGGGACCGGCACCUCGACAAACACGUGCGCCGCACACAACACCGGCCCCUCGCGCGCGGCGCCCUAACGCCCUUCGCCGCGCUCGCGUACACCGGCGCGCAGCUACUCGCCGGGUUGGGCGUACUCCUGCAGUUUCCCUUGCCAUGCCUAUUCUACGGCGUGCCGAGCCUUAUCUUCGUCGCCUGUUACCCGCUCGCCAAGCGCGUGACGUACUACCCGCAGUUCGUUUUGGGGCUGACCUUCUCCUGGGGCGCCGUCAUGGGUUUUCCGGCUUUAGGCGUCGAUCUUUUGGCCAAUAGCUCGGCGAUGAGCGCCGCCGCGCUGCUGUACGCGAGUAAUGUGGCCUGGACCGUGCUGUACGAUAUGAUUUACGCGCACAUGGAUAUCAAGGACGAUGCGAAGGCGGGCAUCAAGAGUAUUGCGCUCAAACACGAUGCUGAUACGAAGAAAGUUCUGACGGGGCUGGCUGUUGUUCAGAUCGGUCUCCUCGGAGCGGCGGGCAUGGCGGCGGGCGCGGGCCCGGCUUUCUUCGUCGGUAGUUGCGGAGGUGCCGCGCUGGCUUUGGGAUGGAUGAUAACGAGGGUAAACUUGAAGAGCGUCAAGGAUUGUUGGUGGUGGUUCGUUAAUGGAUGUUGGAUUACUGGUGGUGCGAUCAGCCUCGGACUUGGGGUUGAUUACCUGCUGAGAUACGCCGAAGACGACAAGGAAGAAGGGAAAAUAGAGAGUUGAAAGUGUACUGGUGAGUCUGUACAUAUAUACUAGACUCUGGCAUAGGCAUCCGGAUCAUAGAUAAAAGCUGGCUGGGAAAACUGUAGAUUAUAACGUCCGCUUAGGUAUAGAACUACGGGUUGAGCAUAUCACAAUCACAAAACAUCUGAAAGAUAUCAAA